UGGAGUCACUUGAUCAAGGAACGGCGGAACGAAAGUUGUGUAAAAUGCUCGUUCUAGUGCUAGGUGACCUACACAUUCCUCAUCGGCAGCACAGUUUGCCAGCAAAGUUUAAAAAACUCCUUGUACCAGGGAAGAUUCAACAUAUACUUUGUACUGGAAACUUGUGCACAAAAGAUUCUUAUGAUUACCUAAAGACCUUAGCAAGUGAUGUKCACAUUGUGMGAGGUGACUUUGAUGAUAAUCUUACUUACCCAGAGCAGAAAGUUGUUACUGUUGGUCAGUUCAAAAUUGGAAUAUGCCAUGGUCACCAAGUUGUCCCAUGGGGGGAUCCUGAGAGUCUUGCUAUGUUACAAAGACAGCUAGAUGUUGAUAUACUUAUUUUUGGCCACACUCAUAAAUUUGAAGCCUAUGAACAUGAAGGAAAAUUCUACAUUAAUCCUGGCAGUGCCACAGGAGCCUACACACCACUAGAGAGCAGUGUGAAUGCAUCAUUUGUCCUSAUGGAUAUUCAAGCAUCCACUGUAGUGACUUACGUAUACCAGCUUAUUGGAAAUGACGUCAAAGUUGAAAGAAUUGAAUACAAAAAACCUUAGAGAUAUAAUUUGAUUUGCUGAUUCUUAGUUUCUAUGUAUAAAGGAAUAUGUCACAUAAAGCACAUAAAGAGAACACUUUUUGUCAUUUAUAUCAGUGUUGCGCUAUUUGGUAUGGUUAGGUAAAGUCAAAGUAGAACUCUAAAAAAAUGUAGUUUUCAUUAGUAGUCCCAUUGUGUAGAUCAGCCUUUGAAUGCUUAUACAUAUAGCCACUUUGUUAUCAUCCAUUCAUUUCUAAAGAAGAUUGGCCUCUAAAGUUUGAUGUCUUGAGACGUUUUCAAAGUCGUAAGCCCUGGUUUUUAAGUUUUGACUUUAGCAGGACUUGUAGCUAGCCUAUUUGACUUCUAGCUGUUAACCAAAGAUAGCAAGCUGGCUAUGUGAAAAUAUUGAUAAUGAUUUCUUUCAGUACACAAUAUGUAAACCUGCUAAUAGGUAAAUGUUUUGGUUUCAUUGUACAUAUUGCAUGAUAGCCUAUGUUAUAUCCACAUGCAAUGCAUGCUAGUACCUCAGAGUUGACACCUUUCUUUGAUUGUUGUGCACACAUAAUAAAAUCUUUGCUAUGCUGAUGCUAUUAUCCCACAACAUACACACUGAAUAUUCUUAACAAAUUUCUUGAAAUCAAGGGACAAAUAAGUCAUGCAGGCAGGACAAGUGSUGGAGUAGAGCCAGGGUUAAACUUAUAAUAUUCUUUUUAUAUCUUAAGUGGAUUUCAUAUUSACAAUUCUUUGCUAUACAACUGGGGCCAUUAUCUACAUGAUAAYAUUAUAUUAUUAUGACAAACAGAUUCCAGUAGUAAGUUUUUAGUAUAUUACUCCAAAUAAUAAAAUUUUACAUUACAA